CACACACACCACACACACCACACACACACACCACACACACACCACACACACCACACACACCUCACGCACCUUGACACAGCCCACACUGACGCAUGCAAAUCAACAUCACACCGUGACGGAUGGAGCGCGUGGAGUCUGCACCACCAUCACCACCACCAUCGUCAGUACCACCACCGUCACCACCAUCGUCACCACCACCACCACCACAGUCAGCAUCAGCAUCUCCGUGUCCCCACGCCUCUUAAUUAACGACAUCGUCCCAUUCUGAAGUUGGGAUCCUAGCUGGAAUCGGGGGGUGAGGUGGGGGGGGGGGAGAUCGGGUGGUCCGAAUUUGGCGUCAAGGAUCCCCGCCUGGGACGUGGCUGAGAAGGAGAGUGACGGAGCCGAGCACGGAGCGGCCGCGACCUGCGCGUGGUGGUGGUGGUGACGGUGGUGAGGGUGGUGGUGGUGGUGACGGUGGUGAGGGUGGUGGUGGUGGUGACGGUGGUGAGGGUGGUGGUGACGAGCCAUGGCCCAAGGGAAACGCGGCGCCAGCUCAGCCGACGAGACCCCCAACACCAUCGUGUACAGGAAGAUGGAGGAGGUGGUGAGGAAGAUGCAGGACGAGACGAGCGGAGUUCCCAUCCGCACGGUCAAGAGCUUCCUCUCCAAGAUCCCCAGCGUCGUCACCGGUGCGGACAUCGUCCAGUGGCUCAUGAGAAACCUCAUCAUUGACGACCCAGCGGAGGCGCUGCAUCUGGGCACGCUCGUGUCUGCUCACGGAUAUUUCUUCCCGAUCUCGGACCACGUGCUCACCCUGAAAGACGACAACACCUUCUACCGGUUCCAGACGCCCUACUUCUGGCCCUCCAACUGCUGGGAGCCGGAAAACAUCGACUACGCCGUGUACCUGUGCAAGAGGGCGAUGCAGAACAAGGCUCGCCUGGAGCUGGCCGACUACGAAGCCGAGAGUUUGGCGCGAUUGCAGAGGGCCUUCGCUCGCAAGUGGGAGUUCAUAUUCAUGCAGGCCGAAGCACAGGCCAACGCCGCUCCGUGCCCCGGCGGGGAUCAGCCGGAAGGGCUGCGGUGGUUUUUCACCGCCGGGCAAAUCACGCCCCGCACGCCACUCACGAGUCGCGCCGGCCUCACCCCUCGUGCUUUCCUCGCCCCGCGGCUCAGCAACCUGCGGCUCCGGAGCCGCGUGCGGCUCUCUAAGGGACCGCCUCACGCUCCCCCGUGUCGCACGGCCGCUCGCCUCGGGCGAGGACAGAAGAUGGGCGACGGCUACUCGCGGGCGACGGUCACGUGCGAGCUACGAUGGUGCAACUGCACCGGGCCCCACGGGCUGGAGGAGCCCAUGGGUUAG